CUUAUUUUUCCCAAACAUAAGUUGAAUUUUAUUAAUAAAAACUCAUAAAGUUAUUUCAUAUAUCUCUUGAAAACAUAAUAUGAUCGUUGGUUGAUUUAUUGUACUUGUUUGUUGUAUAAAAUGCGAUUUCAGGAGUAAUAUCCGGUGAACCCUGGAUUUCAUAACGAGUAUCAAAAGACUUUAUUUCCGUGAGGAUGUUGACAAGGAAAAAACUGACAAUAUGCCUGUUGAUUGGAGGAUUGCAACUGGUGUCAUAUGCUGCUAUGGGUUCCUAAAAGAGAUGCGUCCUUCAGAAGCUUUCCUUACACCCUACCUAAAAGGACCUCUUAAAAACUUAACUGAGGAGCAAGUGAACAAUCAGGUAUAUCCAGUGUGGACAUAUUCAUAUCUGGGUGCCUUGCCUUUGGUCUUCCUUCUGACGGAUCUUCUGAAAUAUAAACCAGUUAUUGUGUUUGAAGCUUUGACAUACAUCGCAACAUGGCUUUUACUACUAUGGGGCCAAGGGGUCUUCCAAAUGCAAAUAAUGCAAUUUACAUAUGGAUUUGCAACUGCGACUGAAAUUGCUUAUUAUUCUUACAUUUAUCCUGCAGUUAGUACAGAUCACUACCAAAAAGUGACUAGCUUUACACGUACAGCUACAUUAUCAGGAAAAUUCAUCGCAGGUACACUGGGGCAGCUUUUGAUAUCUCUUAAAGUGGCUGAUUAUUUUGCCCUGAACUGUGUUUCACUAGGUAGUGUUUCGCUGGCGUUUAUCGUAUCACUAUGCCUCCCAAGUGUUAAAUUUGGAAGAUAUUUUAGGGAUCGAUCUCAACCUGAGUCAGUCAAUCAAACUAAUGAAGCCCCGCCUACCAUCCCUCAUCAUGAUAAUCAAAUCAAUGACAAUUCAUCUGUUUCUCAGAACAAUAAGGAAUUAUCAGAUUCAGCACAAAUAAGAAAUCAAAUAAGUGAAGCCACUCCCAUAAACAGUGCAAUAACUCCUCCUACUGACAAACAGACUCCUCCUUCUUUCAACCAAACUCCACCCACAUAUGAAACAGAUUGCCAACAAGAACUCAGGUGCAGCAAUGCAGCCUGGGAAAAUGAUACCAGCUCCAUAUUAGGUAGUAUAUCAAGUCUAAGUCCAUAUAAGGUAACAUCUGGUUUCUACGGUAACAAUGAUCCCAUUACUGAAGAAAGCACAUCAAGGAGUGGUUCUACAGAAGUCCCAAAUGAUGUUACAAAUGGUGUCAGCGGUCGGAUUAAAAACAGCAAGACUUUAAAAGCAAUGUGCUCAGAAAACUUCACUUUACUAUGGAGAGAUUUCAGAGACUGCUACACAAAUAUGUAUCUGCUGAAGUGGUCAUUAUGGUGGGCAUUUGCGACGUGUGGGAAUUUCCAAGUUGGGAACUAUAUCCAGAACCUUUGGGAUGUGAUUAGUCCAUCACGGGAUAACCCAGGCGUGUAUAAUGGGGCUGUGGAGGCAUUCUCAACUCUCUCUGGGGCCCUCAUUGCGCUGGGACUUGGCUACGUCAAAUUCAACUGGAGGAUUUAUGGGGAACUUCUGAUGGGUGUGAUCUCAUUGGUUGAUGCAGUCCUUCUUAUUGUGAUGUCACAGACUCAUAGUAUAUGGAUUGCUUAUGUGUUCUAUGUGAUGUUUAGAGCAUCAUACCAAAUGGUCAUCACUAUAGCAACGUUCCAAAUAGCUGGCCAGCUUGUGACUGAGAGAUAUGCCUUGGUGUUUGGAUGCAACACAUUUGUUGCCUUGGCGCUACAGACAACAAUGACUGCCAUCCUAGUUGAUAAAGGAGGUCUGGACUCCCCUGUCACGACACAGUUCAUAGUGUAUGGCUCUUACUUUGGACUCCUAGGUGUAGGAUUUAUAACAAAGGCAGCAUAUACACUGUUUACAAAUGGCUGCAGAAGAAGUUGGAGACAGAGGUUUAUCACAGAUUACAACGAACUUGAAGAAGAGAGACUAUAGAUAUCGGGCCCAUAGUCGGGGGUUCAUGCACCCCCCACCC